AUAAACUCGCACUCGUCGAGAAUGUAGUAAAAGUGGAAACAAUGUCGCCAGUGUAACAAUCCGCUUAUCAGUACAUUCAAAAAAUCGAGUAUUUUGUUCGGCUCAAUCUCAGAGUAGGUUAGUCGACAAAAGCAGUGCAGUGCGUUCCCAAAAACCCAGUAUAUGUCCACUUAUGGCAUCGUCUGUGAACAUUUUCGAGAUCCUGACCGGGUCCAACGGCGCUCUUCUCAACCUAACCUACGACGGUUUCGUCCCAGGAUGGGUCGUGACUCUAGACUACAUGCCCUGGUUGUGGGCCAUGAUCGGGUCCAUCCUCGUGGGCCUCAGCGGGGUGCUGCCUCUUCUCGUCAUUCCCAUUGACCAGACGGACAAUCUUAAACAAGGAGACAGUGCCAACAAGCUGAAGACUUUGCUGAGUUUUGCUGUUGGAGGUCUACUAGGAGAUGUCUUCCUUCACUCGCUUCCGGAGAUUUGGGCCAACGAUGUCGCAAAUAACGGAGGCCAACCUACAACAACCACCGGACUUUUAAUCCUCUCGGGCCUGGUGGUUUUCGUCGUAGCCGAGAAAUUCUUCACUGUGAUAGAAAAAUUAGGUGAGCGCCACCUGUCUACUCCCGAAAACAACAACAUCAAAGGUUACCCACUCAAACAUAUCGAAGAGAACAAGAAACACAUAACCGGUUAUUUAAAUCUGUUGGCCAACACUAUUGAUAAUUUUACGCACGGAUUGUCGCUAGGGGGCGCCUUCUUGGUGUCGCUUCGGCUGGGUCUUUUGACUACUUUCGCGAUUUUGGUGCACGAAAUUCCACACGAAGUCGGCGACUUCGCCAUUUUGCUCAAAUCGGGGUUCAGUCGGUGGGAUGCCGCCGUUUUUCAGAUUCUGACAGCUGGAGGGGGCCUGAUUGGCUCCUUCGCGGCCAUUAUGUGUAGUGGAGCUACUAACUCGAUAGAGGCUAGGACGUCGUGGAUUCUACCCUUCACAGCGGGUACUUUUCUCCACAUUGCGCUUGUCACCGUUCUGCCCGACUUGCUCAAAGAAGACGACCCGAAAGAGUCGCUCAAGCAAAUCGUUGCUUUGAUAGGAGGGAUUUUUGUGAUGGCCGUGGUGACGACUGUGUUUGAGUAAUUAGUGAUAUUUUCAGUUGCCAUAAUUUGUUGAUAGUUCGUUAAGAUUAUUAUAAUAUUUACAGUA